AACUUGUCCUCGGGAAUCUGAGUCAUUCACCAUUAAUUUUAUCUUGGAAGUACCUAACAUUCCUGGAUUUUGAAGAAAAAUGGUGAACAGUCAGAGCUGCUUCUGAGCAGCACAGUCGACAGCAACGUAGCCGCCUCUAAUGAUGAUGACUUUCCGUGAGGAAGAAGUUGAUGAUACUGAGGAAGACAUCUUUGGCGGCAGCGACGGUGGCAGCGGCAGCCGCACUGGUGCGAGCGGAGGAACAGGUCCAGCAGGUCCUCUAGUACCGGCCACCCCUGGAAUGCCCGUAACCCCUGGAGCACCGACACAGCCAGUAACCACCCCGCCUCCGACCACCAGUCGAAUGUUAACAAGCAAACCUUCAAGCCCGCCUACCACGCCGACUACAACAUCUACUCCAAAAAUUACAACAACAUCUACUCCAAGAAUUACGACUACGUCAAUACCAACAACGACAGUGGAUCCCAAUACUAAGAGGCCACUGCCGCUCGACGCACUGAUUUGCACACUAGAAUCCCCAUUCCGAAGAGAUCUUUUGGGAGUCCCGCCGGACGGGCUUUGCACGAUUGUGGUGGCCUACCCGUUCUACGAACCUUUUGACUUGGAACUCUUCCCAACAAAGUAUUACUCGUUCAGGCAUUUUGACGUCAUCGUGGAGAACGCCGGAAAGCAGAACAAGACGGAGUUUGGAAUCGGCAUCACUUACAAGUUUUGUAAGAGCAUUGCCAACAUGACAGAACUUGCCAACAAUCCCAUGACCAAGACAACAUUGGACUAUUUGUGGACCAAGCGGUUUUACCACUACGGACAAGUUAACCCUCCUCUCGCAAAUUAUGGCGGAACCAUACAAGAUGUAAACGUCAACUGUGCCAAAGGACUACAGAUGCUCUUCGAUUUGAUGAAAGACAAACAUGACAACGUCAAUCGGCCAAGUUACAUCAUACUCUCCUUCCCUUUGUAUGCUCCGGGAAAUUUUCCUGCAAUUGGCCAGGCACUAAGGAAUCUUUCAGUGGACAUAUUUAUUGCUGUGGGGUACCACUCGUAUGGAGACAACUAUUUCGUCAACUGCCGUAUGGUUUCACCAACCAUGCUGAACAAGCAACUUCUCCCACCUGACAUCUACAGUAUCUAUAGCGUCCGUCUGGCCGAAGUCAUGAGCAGCUUGACGGUGAACCCCGCGGCGUGGACACCAACUACUUCGUUUGCCGUGUCCGUUGGCAUGGAAGGUCGUUGGUAUAAGCCAAAGGACCGAGACUACGACCCCAACGGGCCCGGGAAUUACCAGCUUGGCAAGCCGUGCACAAAUGAAUUACCUCUCGGGUUCACGAAGCAGACAUCAGACAUUUUAUGGGCCUGUCGUAACCAUGGGUACAACAAGACAUUCAAGAUCGACCAGACGUUCCAGGCGAUGGUGGGGUACGAUAAGCAGUUCGGCUUUCUCUUCACCUUCGACACAGCUGAAACACUUCGGUCAAAGUUGUGUGAAGCGAAGAGCACCGCCCCAGCUGCGAAGUUUUACAUCGCUGCUGCCGCCAUCGGAGCUGAAGACCACGUUAACGCGUGUGGAUUCGGAGCGUUGACACGACUGCGCAUGCUCAAGGCUCUCACUUAUUUCUUUGCGUACAACUACACCUCAGCUGCGCAAAAGUCAGCAUGCCUCCUGGUCAACCCUUAGUGAGAGCGAGACUGAUAAGUCCCUUCGCAGUGUCUAUAGCCUACGCUACCAUUAUUUUCAGGUCAUUUUUUUUUUGUCCAAUGGUGAGGAAAACCGGCAGCGGUUUUUCAUGCCCAGAUCGGUAAGCAAUAAAAUUUCCUGAGGAGAUAAGAAUCUUGUCAA